CGUCAAACUGUCCACUUCAUUCCCCUUUCACUUUUACACCACUUCUUCCUUGAAUUAUUUACUCCCUUGCUUGAUCGCUUCCCCCUGCAGAUUCUGUGGCGUGCUUUUUCCUCCACCAUUUCCGUGAUUCGAUCAAUGCCUCAGGGGCAUCGUCUCCACUGCUCUUAGUGAGGCUGUCAGCUUCCCCCGCGGUAGCAUGGCCAGCGGUAGGCCUCCUGGGCCGGAUCAUCUCGCUAGCCACGAUGAUGACUUGCUGUUGAGAUCGAGUCCGAGCCCAGGUCCGGUGUAUAACACGGGUCAACCCCCGCCAGUCAGCGACGAACACCUCCCGCAAUUUAUCGACCAGCACAAUGCGCAACCGCGCCCUUCCAUAUCUAACGACCAGUUCAUCGGUGCCCAGGUACAACAGCAUGGAACGUACGCUCAUGGAGCUUCAGGGAAUGCGCCUCCGAGUAGAUUCCUCCAAGAAUCGCAUGGCGCCGGAUAUCGAUCCGAUUCCAACCCCGACCUUGCCUAUGGACAGGAUCCCCUUGACAGAUACGACUCGAACCUUGACCGAUACGAUUCUCGAUAUGACCAACGAGGCUAUCACGAUGGCGGUAGCUAUUAUGACGAUCCUUUUGAACCGCGGGUUCCGAGCGAGGGCCAUGUGCGGAAAGCCGCUGAGCGCAACAGUAUUCUGGGGUUAGGGGGCGGACUGAUGGGAAAGGCAAAAUACAUGUUUGGGAUGGGACCGCAGUACUCGGAAAUGGAUCUGCCUUUGACAGAAGCCGGUGUGAGAAGAGCGACCGUUGAUAGCACUGGUGAACCCGCGGCAGCCCCGAAAGAGCGAAAGAAGUUCCGCGCAUCCGAUAUUACCUCCAUCUUUGGACGCCGCAAGGUCGACCCGGCAAGUCUGGGUCCUCGCAUGAUCCAGGUCAACAAUGGCCCUGCGAAUGCUGCGCACAAGUUCGUUAGUAAUCACGUCUCGACUGCCAAGUACAACGUCGUCACCUUUGUCCCGAAAUUCCUCUUCGAACAGUUCUCCAAAUACGCCAACCUGUUCUUCUUGUUCACCGCCGUGCUCCAACAAAUUCCCAACGUCUCUCCGACCAACAAAUUUACCACCAUCGUUCCCCUGGCUAUUGUGUUGCUGGUGUCCGCCAUCAAGGAAUUGGUCGAGGACUAUAAGCGUCGGAUGUCAGAUAGAGGGUUGAACUACUCGAAAACGCAGGUCCUGAAGGGUUCUUCGUUCCAUGAAACAAAAUGGGUGGAUGUUGCGGUAGGAGAUGUGGUUCGAGUCGAGUCCGAGGAACCAUUCCCGGCAGACUUGGUACUUUUGGCGUCGUCCGAGCCCGAGGGUCUUUGCUACAUCGAAACGGCCAAUCUGGAUGGAGAGACCAACUUGAAGAUCAAGCAGGCCAUUCCAGAGACUGCGCAUCUUGUCAGCCCUAGUGACCUAAGUCGCUUGAGUGGACGCGUUCGAUCGGAACAACCCAACAGCAGUCUUUACACGUACGAGGCGACAUUGACAAUGAAUGCUGGAGGCGGCGAGAAGGAGUUGUCCUUGGCACCGGAUCAGUUGCUCCUUCGAGGUGCAACUUUGCGAAACACUCCUUGGAUUCACGGUAUCGUUGUUUUUACAGGACACGAGACCAAGCUGAUGCGGAACGCAACGGCAACUCCCAUCAAGCGGACUGCCGUGGAGCGGAUGGUCAAUGUCCAGAUUCUCAUGCUUGUCGGCAUUUUGGUUUCGCUCAGCGUUGUCAGUUCCGUCGGUGAUCUUGUCGUUCGUCACACAGCUUCCAGCAAGCUUGCCUACCUCGAUUACGGAUCUGUCAACUCCGUGAAGCAGUUUUUCAUGGACAUCUUCACCUACUGGGUGCUUUACUCUAAUCUGGUUCCGAUUUCUCUCUUCGUCACUAUUGAGAUUGUGAAGUACUUCCAGGCAUUCCUCAUCAACUCCGAUCUCGACAUCUACUACGACAAGACUGACACGCCUGCCACCUGCCGCACUUCAUCCCUGGUGGAGGAGCUCGGCCAGAUUGAGUACAUCUUCUCCGACAAGACUGGUACGUUAACUUGCAACAUGAUGGAGUUCAAGCAAUGCACAAUUGCUGGGAUUCAGUAUGGAGACGACGUGCCGGAAGAUCGCAGGGCCACCCCAGAAGAUGAUGGCGAGUUCGGCAUCCAUGACUACAAGACUCUUCGUAAGAACUUGGAAUCCCAUCCCUCUCAGGGUGCUAUUCAACAGUUCUUGACUCUUCUCGCAACUUGUCACACUGUCAUCCCUGAAUGGAAGGGUGACGAGAUCAAAUACCAGGCAGCUUCACCCGAUGAGGGUGCCUUGGUGGACGGAGCUGCAAUGCUGGGUUAUCGUUUCACCAACCGGAAGCCCCGAUCAGUUAUCUUCACUGCCAACGGAGUGGAUCAGGAGUAUGAGUUGCUGGCUGUGUGCGAGUUCAACUCGACCCGAAAGCGCAUGUCGACUAUCUUCCGUUGCCCAGAUGGCAAGGUCCGAAUUUACUGCAAGGGUGCCGAUACUGUCAUCCUGGAGCGCCUGCACCCGGAUAACCCGACUGUUGAAGUCACUCUUCAGCACCUUGAAGAAUAUGCCUCGGACGGUCUGCGAACUCUGUGUCUCGCUAUGCGUGAAGUCCCGGAGGAUGAAUUCCAGCAAUGGUACCAGAUUUUCAACACGGCCAACACCACUGUCGGUGGCAACCGCGCCGACGAGCUGGACAAGGCGGCCGAGUUGAUCGAAAAGGAUUUCUACCUGCUGGGUGCUACUGCCAUCGAGGAUCGACUGCAAGAUGGCGUUCCAGAUACCAUCCACACCCUUCAAACAGCUGGAAUCAAGAUCUGGGUCUUGACUGGUGACCGACAGGAGACUGCCAUCAACAUUGGCAUGUCGUGCAAGCUUAUUUCGGAGGACAUGACUCUUCUCAUCAUCAAUGAGGAAAACUCGGAAGCGACUCGCGCUAAUCUUCAAUCAAAGAUGGACGCCGUCAAAACCCAAGCCGCCUCCGGUGAUGUCGAGCCCUUGGCGCUGGUCAUUGAUGGAAAGUCCUUGACCUUUGCUUUGGAAAAGGACAUGGAGAAGCUGUUUCUGGACCUUGCUGUCAUGUGCAAGGCUGUGGUUUGUUGCCGUGUGUCUCCCCUCCAGAAAGCACUGGUUGUCAAGCUCGUCAAGCGCCAUCUGAAAUCCUUGCUUUUGGCCAUCGGUGAUGGUGCCAACGACGUGUCCAUGAUUCAGGCUGCGCAUGUUGGUGUCGGUAUCAGUGGUAUGGAAGGUCUUCAGGCGGCUCGAUCUGCUGAUGUUGCGAUUGCUCAAUUCCGUUUCCUCCGAAAACUGCUUCUGGUUCAUGGUGCCUGGAGUUAUUCCCGCAUCAGCCGAGUCAUUCUCUACUCAUUCUACAAGAACAUCACGCUGUAUAUGACGCAAUUCUGGUAUUCCUUCCAAAAUGCCUUCUCCGGAGAAGUUAUCUACGAAUCAUGGACAUUGUCCUUCUACAACGUGCUUUUCACUGUCCUCCCGCCCUUCGCCAUGGGAAUCUUCGACCAAUACGUUUCCGCCCGGUUGCUCGACCGUUAUCCCCAACUAUACCAGCUGGGCCAGAAGGGCGUGUUCUUCAAGAAACAUAGCUUCUGGGCCUGGGUUCUCAAUGGGUUUUUCCACUCCCUGCUCCUCUACCUCGUCUCUGAAUUGAUCUUUUACUGGGAUUUGCCUUUGGGCAAUGGUCAAGUUGCCGGCCAUUGGGUUUGGGGAGAGGCGCUGUAUACUGCCGUGCUCGCCACUGUUCUCGGCAAGGCUGCUCUGAUCUCCAACAUUUGGACCAAAUACCACUUCAUUGCGAUCCCGGGAUCCAUGGUGCUCUGGUUGGCCUUCCUCCCAGCCUACGGUUAUGCCGCUCCUGCCAUCGGAUUUUCAAAUGAAUACUACGGCACCAUCCCCGUCCUGUUCAAAUCUCCCAUCUUCUACCUGAUGGCUAUCGUCUUGCCCUGCAUCUGCCUGAUGCGUGAUUUCGCCUGGAAAUAUGCUAAGCGCAUGUACUACCCCCAGCACUACCACCACGUCCAGGAGAUCCAGAAAUACAACGUCCAGGACUACCGUCCCCGUAUGGAGCAAUUCCAAAAAGCCAUCCGCAAGGUCCGCCAAGUGCAGCGUAUGCGCAAGCAACGCGGCUACGCCUUCUCUCAAGCCGACGAUGGCGGUCAAAUGCGUGUCUUGAAUGCCUACGAUACCACCCAGGGUCGUGGACGCUACGGAGAAAUGGCGAGUUCCAGGAAUCCGGGAUUAUGAUCUAUGUUAUGUUGCUCUUCUUUCAGCUGCAUUUCUUGCGCCCUGCGUGCCUGCCCUUUUCUCGCAUGAAUACCAAGAAAUUGGUGAUGAUGUAACUUUGUGUACUCUUUACUUCUUUUUUUCCCCUUCUACCUCUUUCAGCUUGGAUGUCUAGCCGUGCUAUGUCAUCUGGUUGGGGAGGGAUGUGACAUACUACCUUGUUGAUGUGAUGUGUUUUUAGCUUGAUUUUUGAAUUGGAGAUGACUUGGGCAAAUAUCUGG